AUGCGGUUGUUUCUUUUUUCUCUGUUUCUUUUGCUUUUGCUUUUCCUUUUCCCAUCAUUCUCUUCAUCUUCUAAUCUUUCAUGUCAUCCUGAAGAUAGCUAUGCUUUGCUUCAAUUCAAGUCCUCCUUCACUAUAUAUACAGGCUAUGACUAUGAUUGUCAUGAGCAACCUCAGAAAACAGCGACAUGGAAAAACGGGACAGAUUGUUGUUCAUGGCUUGGUGUUACUUGUGAUAUUGUUUCUGGUCAUGUGAUUGGUCUCAAUCUUGGUUGUGAAAGCCUUCAAGGUGAAAUCCAUCCUAACACUUCCCUUUUUCAUCUUUCUCACCUACAAUCACUUAACCUUUCUCACAUUGAUGUCUUCUACUCCAAUUUGCAUGCUCAGUUUGGUGGAUUUAGAAGUCUUGUAAGUCUUGACUUAUCUUCAUGUCAGUUUCAAGGUGAAGUCCCUCCUCAAAUAUCACACCUUUCUAAAUUAACUUCACUUUAUCUUUCUAAUAAUUAUCAGUUAAGUUGGAAAGAAACCACUUUGAAAAGGCUUGUGCAAAAUGCAACAAUUUUAAAAGAACUAUUUUUGGAUGACACAAAUAUGUCUUCAAUCAAUCCAAACUUGUUGAAUUUGAUCUUCAAUCAAUCUUCGUCUUUGGUUAGAGUUAGUCUUCAAAGUGCAGGAUUAAGUGGAAAUUGGAAAAAUAACAUUCUUUGUUUACCAAGCAUUCAAGAACUAGAUAUGUUUGGAAAUGAAGAUCUUGAAGGUCAACUUCCAGAACUAAGUUGUAGUACAUCUCUUAGAAUCUUGGAUCUUUCAUACUGUCAAUUCAAUGGCCCAAUUCCACUUUAUUUCUCUAACCUCACAUAUCUUACUUCCCUAAGACUCGUAAAGAACAGACUUAAUGGUUCAAUCCCAUCCUCACUCUCAAACAUUCAACAUCUCAUUAAUUUAGACCUUUCGUCCAAUUCAUUUAGUGGUCAAAUCCCGGAUGUGUUUGACAGCCUAACAAAAUUACAAGAACUCCGUCUAGAUCAUAAUAGAUUACAAGGACAAAUCCCACCAUCAUUGUUUAACAUUUCUCCUCUUGUUUACUUAUAUUGUUCUUAUAAUAAAUUAAAGGGUCCUCUGCCAAACAGAAUAACUGGGUUGAAAAACUUAGGUUAUUUAAUAUUAAAUAACAACUUACUAAGUGGUAAAAUUCCAUCAUGGUGUUUAUCUUUGUCAUAUUUGGAAAGGUUAGAUCUAUCAAAUAAUCAGUUUACAGAAACUAUGAGUGCAGUCUCAUCAUAUUCUCUGCGGAAACUAAAACUAUGCAGCAACAAGCUACAAGGAGAUAUUCCAGAGUCUAUGUUCAACCUUCCAAACCUAAAUACACUUUGUCUAUCAUCAAACAACUUGAGUGGUGUUGUGAGUUUUCAACACUUUUCCAAACUUCAAAAUUUAGUUUCUCUUUCCCUUUCAUAUAAUAGUCAAUUAUCACUAAACUUUGAAUCCAAUGCCAAUUACAACUUUCCUGUCCUAUCAUUAUUGGAAUUGUCGUCUGUCGGUUUGAUUGGGUUUUCAAAACUACCAUUAGGAAAAUUUCCUCGUUUGGCAUAUCUUGCUUUGUCCAAUAACAAACUUUAUGGAAGACUGCCCAAUUGGUUGCGCAAAACAGAUUCGUUAGAAUAUUUGGACCUUUCUCAUAACUUGUUCACAUCAAUGGACCGAUUCUCAAGGAAUCCUUGGGGCUAUCUAUUCGGUCUUGAUCUUAGUUUUAACUUACUAGGUGGUGACAUCUCUCUGUCAAUUUGCAACACAACAUUUGACUUUCUCAAUUUGGCACACAACAGAUUGACAGGCAUCAUUCCACAAUGUCUGACUAAUUUAUCAUCACUUCAAGUUUUGGAUCUACAAAUGAACAAUUUUAAUGGCACUUUGCCAAGUACCUUUUCAAAGGACUGUGAUCUUCACACUCUGAAUUUCAAUGGCAACCAAUUAAACGGUAUUUUGCCUAAAUCUUUGUCCAACUGCAUUCAUAUGGAGGUUUUAAAUCUUGGCAACAAUAGAAUAGAAGACCAUUUUCCAAAUUGGCUUCAAACUCUACCAUAUUUGGAAGUACUGGUUUUGCGAGACAAUAAGUUGCAUGGUCCCAUUGCCAAUAUAAAUAUCAAUCAUCCGUUUCCAAGUUUAAUUAUUUUUGAUAUUUCACGCAACAACUUUAGUGGCCCACUGCCAAAAGUCUACAUACAAAAUUUUGAGGCCAUGAAAAAUAUUAUUCAAGUUGAAGAAGGUAGCAGCUCACAAUACAUUGAAACAAAUGAGGUGACAUACCAUGAUUCUGUGACUAUAACAGUGAAAGGAAACAUCAUUGUAAUGGAGAAAAUUCCAAUAAACUUCGUGAAUAUUGAUUUAUCUCAAAACAAUUUUGAAGGCGAUAUUCCAAAUGUUAUCGGAGAGCUUCAGGCACUCAAAGGGCUUAACCUUUCUCAUAACAGACUCACUGGUCCUAUUCCCCAAUCUAUAGGAAACUUGACAAACAUGGAGUCUUUGGAUCUUUCCUCAAAUUCGCUCACCGGCGUUAUUCCUGCAGAAUUUACCAAUCUGGGAAGUCUUGAAGUUUUGAAUCUUUCCCAUAACCAUCUAGUGGGAGAGAUACCUCGAGGAAAUCAGUUGAAUACAUUUUCAAAUGAUUCUUAUGAAGGAAACUCGGGGUUAUGUGGAUUUCCCAUGUCAAUGAAAUGUGGACCUAAUCAUCAUUCUCCUACACCUUCACCCGAAGAGAAAUUUGGAUUUGGAUGGAAACCAGUGGCUAUUGGAUAUGGAUGUGGAUUUGUGUUUGGAAUAGGACUUGGAUAUUGCAUGUUCUUAAUUGGAAGGCCAAGAUGGCUUGUGAUCAUAUUUGGUGGUCAGCCUAAAAGAAGAGUGAAAAGGAGAGCAAGAGUGAGGAGGACCCAAAGUUCUACCGUGAAUCAGAUGGUGCAAAUGUCAUAGUUUUAAUGUUAUGGUUAUUUUCUCUUAUGUUGUUUGUUGUUUACUUUCUGUUUAAAAUAAGCUUGAUGUGAGUGUGACAAUCUUGUCACUCUUAUUUGAUCUUGAUACUUUGAU